UCAUCCACGACGUCGGACAGUUUGGCCCCUCCUGCAUCUCCAUAUCCACAAGUCGAUCCUUCGCCUACCGACUCUAACGGCACAGAGAGUACUGAUAUCGAAGAGGAUGUUCAAGACCAAGUUGAUGAUAAUCUUUUCGAUGCUGUGAUUCAGUCCAACCGACCUGAGAGUCGAGGAAGCCUCAUCAAGCUAGACACUACGGUCGCUAUUCGAUCACGAUCAGAUUCAGAUAAGGCACCUCUGUCCGUCAUACAUGUGUCUCCAGAGUUCAAAGAGGAAGACAGCACAUACACGUCCAACCACGAUUUCAGACACGAUAGCACUUCUCCAAGCACACCCAAUGCAGCUUUGGGUCCAGAGGAUAAGUGCCUAUCGUCCGUCACUUCGCCUUUGAACACAAAUGUCCCACCUGAGGAAGGUGUUGAUAGGCCUACACCACGAGCUCAAACACGGCAAGAAGUGGAAGAAGAAUGGAAAACACGGUCCAGACGCACAUCUAGUCUUGAGGGU